AUGCCCCCACGGCCAUCGCGAAUCCUCCAAGCCCUCAAGACGACGAACCCCACUGUCAGGCUCUUCUCCACAACGCCCAGGAUGCCCGUCCACCACCUCAUGAUCGGGACAUGGACCCCGCCCGGCGCCAUCUUCACCGUUGCCUUUGACGACGAGAAGUUCACCCUCGAGCUCAUCAAGCGCACCGAGAUCCCCAAGAACGAGCCCAUAUCGUGGAUGACCUUUAGCCACGACAAGAAGAACCUGUACGGCGCCGCCAUGAAGAAGUGGUCCAGCUUCGCCGUCAAGAGCCCCUCUGAGAUCGUCCACGAGGCCUCUCACGACAUGACCCAUGACCCCAACGCCGCCCUCCCGACAACAAACACACGCGCCAUCUUCCUCCUCGCGGCCCAGAAGCCCCCAUACGCCGUUUACUGCAACCCCUUCUACAAGCACGCCUCCCACGGCAACGUCUUCGCCGUCUCUCCCACCGGCGCCCUCGACGCCAACGUCCAGAACUACCCGUACGACCCCAACACGGGCAUCCACGGCAUGGUCUUCGAUCCUACCGAGACCUACCUCUACUCGGCCGACCUCACCGCCAACAAGCUGUGGGUCCACAGGAAGCGAUCCCCCGACGCCCCCGAGCUUGAACUCGUCGGUUCCGUCGACGCCCCCGACCCAGGCGAUCACCCGCGCUGGGUCGCCAUCCACCCCACCGGCAAAUACCUUUACGCCCUCAUGGAGGCCGGCAACCGCCUCUGCGAGUACGUCGUCGACCCGGCCACCCGCCUCCCAGUCUACACCCACCGCUCCUUCCCCCUCAUCCCCCCCGGCAUCCCCGGCGCCAAGAACAAGAUGUACCGCUCCGACGUCUGCACCCUCUCCCACAGCGGCCGCUAUCUCUUCGCCACCGCCCGCUCCAACAGCUUCGACGUCACCGGCUACAUCGCCGCCUUCCGCCUCGACGACAACGGCCACAUCGCCCGCCAGAUCUGCCUCAACCCCACCCCCACCAGCGGCGGCCACAGCAACGCCGUCAGCCCCUGCCCCUGGACCGACGAGUGGCUCGCCAUCACCGACGACCAGGAGGGCUGGAUCGAGAUCUACCGCUGGCAGGACGAGUUCCUCGGCCGUGUCGCGAGGCUGCGCAUCCCCGAGCCCGGGUUCGGCAUGAACGCCAUCUGGUAUGAUUGA